GAGAAUAGGACUUUCGCUACUCCCUUAUACCAUGAUUACGUUCAAAUGCUUGCGAGAUAUAAAAAAAUAAGUUCGCUAUAUUUCGACUUGCGAGCAAUUCCUUGAUCGUGUAACGUCCGGAUUACAUAUUUUGAUUGAGAACUGGCAGCUCUAUUUUAUAAAUAUAAAGUAAUUACGUAACUCUAUUUUGUAUCUGAUGUAUACUUUAAAUUGGCUUAAACGUUGUUUUAGUAUUUGAUUUCGCUAAUUUAGAAUGUCAUAUAAACGAAUGAGACAACAAAAGAUGACAACUCAAGCUCUGUUGGAUUUUGAUUUGGGUGAAAGUUCGUCAGAUAGUGAUUUUCGUAUAGAAGAUCAUGACAGUGAGGAAGAUCCUGAUACAAAUGAUGAAGGAAAUUCUUCAGAAAAUAGUAGUGAAGAAAAUGAAAGUGAUUCAGACGAAUUGUAUACUGAGCAUUAUAGUGAUAAUUCUCAUCAAAACGUAAAACAAAAUGAAAAUGAUAACUGCUCAAAGCCCGAAUUUAUGGGCAGUAAAGAAAUAUCUAAAGUGUUACAGAAGUUGGAUACAAAUAGAUGUGUAGAAUCUAAAUUAUCUUCAAAAUCAAUUUGCUGUGUUUGUUUAGGAGAUCGAAGUGAUGACUCAAACGAAAUAAUUGAAUGCGAUGGGUGUGGGGUAUCUGUUCAUGAAGGAUGCUACGGUGUAAAUGAAAAUGUGAGUAUAUCGAGCACUAAUUCUACAUGUUCUACCGAACCUUGGUUCUGUGAAGCUUGCCGUGCUGGCGUUUUGGAACCAAAUUGUGAGUUGUGCCCGAAUAACGGUGGAAUAUACAAAGAAACAGAUGUUGGAAAAUGGGUGCAUUUAAUUUGCGCUCUCUAUGUUCCUGGUGUAGCUUUUGGAGAAGUAGAUCAAUUAUCUUCUGUUACUUUAUUUGAAAUGCCAUAUAACAAAUGGGGAGCCAAGGUAUGUUCCCUCUGUGAAACUCCUCGUUUUGCACGCACGGGAGUGUGUAUUGGAUGUGAUGCUGGCAUGUGCAAAACGUAUUUUCAUGUAACAUGUGCCCAAACUGCUGGAUUUCUUACAGAAGCACAUCACGAAGAAGCUGAUGCUGCAGAUCCAUUUUUUGCCCAUUGUAAAGUGCAUUCUGAAAAAGAAAUGAUAAAACGACGAAAAAGAAAUUACCAUAAUCUUCGACUAAACAUGCAGCAGAAGCAAAAGGGGAAAAAACUUCAAAAAUUUGAUGACCCUUGUCCGGCACAGUUACGUAUUCAACGUAAACUUUUGAAAUAUCAAUCUAAGUAUUCCCAUAGCAAAAAAGUAAAACCAGUUCCAUGGGUACCAACACAAAAGAUGUCACGUCUACUUACUACUUCAGCUUCAGCUUGCAAGAGGUUAUUGGCGAAAGCGAACAUAAUGGCAGUUGAUGUAGAGCUAUUAGAACGUCAAGAAGCACAGAUCGCUGCAUUGACAGAUAUUCGUAAGAAAUGGCAUAUAGCUCCAGCAUUUAGCGUAGAAUUUAUUGGAUAUUAUUUGGAUAGAAUUUCACGAACACAUGAGCUUAAAUUGCAGCUUUCAGAUAUGAUGGAAAAUAAUCUGACCCUAUCGAAAGAACAGGAUUUACUUCGCAAUACAUAUGACGCAAGGUUGGAUAAGAAUAAGAACUUAAAGUCUAGACAGGAAUCGCUCAUUACUACAAUUUCUCAACUUCACAAAGAAAUCAACUUUAUGUGCUCUAAUAAAAUAUUUCCCAAUCCAUCUAAUAUUGGACAUGCUCAAUACGAAUCUAAUAAAUCGGCAUCAACGCCACCUAGCAGACCGAUCUCAGUUCCCACAGCCGCAGCUCUUAAAAUGGGGGUGGGUUUUCCUUUAGUUCAUCUCGGUCCGCCUGGAACUAAAGUAGACUCCACACGUCUGCUAAGCACACAUGCAAAAUCUUCACCAAUUGGAGCGUCAUCAGCACCAAGCACACCCACGUUAAACGUGCACACAUUUGAAUGUGGUAUAUGCCAACGCACUACUGACCAGCACCUAUUAGCGAAAUGUGACACUUGCAAAUUACACUAUCAUUUAAGCUGUUUGAAUCCACCAUUGAUCCGUCAUCCAAAAAAGUCUAAACUCUACGGUUGGCAAUGUUCUGAAUGCGAUAAAUCAGAAGAUUCUGAAGAUGUUGCUGAUAUGCCAAAAGGACCGCGUAAAUCGCGAACACGCUUUAACAAAGAUGGGUCUAUUAUUGCUGUACUCGAGGCGGAAAUCGACUCUGGACCACCAACUAAAAGACGGUCGGUAGACAUACAAUUUACAAAAAAUAAACCUAACAAUUCAUUUUCAACUACGAAUAAAAAUGAUGUAAAUGGUAAAGUUACACCCAAGGUGGAUGUAUCAUCAACGUCCAUUUUGGGGAAAAAAAGUAAAUGCUAUGUUCCUCUGCAAAAUAUUAAGAAAACCAUUAAAUCUCCAGCACAGCAACCUCUCUCACCAGCAUUAAACAAAAACAUAACCCAAAUAGUCCAUACGUCACUUUCUGAUGAACCUUUGUUACUGGUACUACCAUCUGUCACCUCAACUCGCGAAAAGGAUUCCAUCCAAACUCCUGAUCCAGACCCCUUGGCAUUACCGGUGCACACUAAUACUACAAUUUUAUCUAUGGAAGAAUUAUCAGAUCCUAUUAAAUCAGGAAGAAAACAGAAACGUAAAGACAAACAUAGGAGUAAACACAUUAUUUCAUCAGAUAUUGAAAAAUCCCCAAACAAAGAGCAUAAACGUAAACGCAAGAAAAAAUUACAUGGUCAUGAUACAGAAAACCCACAAGAAAGCAUUCCGAAAAUAAAAAUUAAAUUUAAAACUUUGCCAUUGCCCGGUGAAGUGACGCCGGAGGCUCAGUUUUUUUACGUAUCAGCGGAUAUGGUGCGUUCGGCUGAAGAAGCUUCACGGCCAACAUCUGUAGAAACUGUAGAAGAUAUAACACCAGGUUUGGUGGAGAAAAGUCCUGUAGGGAGGAGCAAAUCGGAAGCAAUGAUUAAUUCGCCAGAUUUAAGUGUUACGAAAACAACUCUUAUUACUCGUAAAACUAGCCCAAGGAAAACAGCUGGUAAAAGGAAUUCACUGUUACCUCAUUCUAAAUCAGCAACAAUCAUACAAUUAUCUUCAAGUAUUAUUUGUUGCAUUUGUAAAGAAGUGGGUUAUAGCGGGAAUGCUGUAACAUGCGAUGAGUGUCAAAAGCACUAUCACUUUACGUGUUUGGAUCCACCAUUAAAAAAGACUCCAAAAAUACGUGGUUAUUCUUGGCACUGUGCUGAUUGCGAUCCCACAGAUGAAGAAAAAAAAUAAAACCACAUUAUGUUUUUUUUAUAUUAGACAUCAACUUUUUAAUAUAUUGUAGUAUUAAAAGGAACUUGUUUCUGCUAAAAAAUCAUGACCAGCGGUCAAACAGAUGCAGAACACAACCCCUAACAUACAACAGAUUGAAAUUCUCUGCCUUUAGUUAUGAAUGAUUGCGGCCGACGUUUAGAGUAUUUUUUAAUAAUAUCACCGACUUUUAGAAAGUAAUUUAAAUCCAUUUAAUACCAAGAAAUUUGAUGCUACUAUUUUUUAUUGUUUGUGUGUUCUAAAAAUAAAUAUUUACUUGUCUAUUGUAAGGCAACUUGUGUA